GAAAUAAGAAAGUUGGCAAAACAAGAAAACGGCAGCCAUUACACGACACGCUGGUGAAAACGUAAGCGUCAUUCGUUCAUCGGGCAAAUAUAAAUCCAGUAUUUUCAUCCAAUUUCAAUAUUUACAUUUGUGGACGACGUAUUCAUUGAGGGCACAACUUUUUCAUAUUGACCUUAAGCGAUGAUUGUUGGUGCGUAUUAAAGAGAAAAUGAGCAAUGCGCCGUCCAUGAUGAAGUUUCUAACAAUGAUGCAGUGAAUGUAACUGCGCUUUUAUUCUGCUUCUUCAUUUUCUUGAUUCCUCACUUCACUGAAUGGACUAUUUGCUGUUUGCUGGGUCGUCUUUAUUCUCGUCGACUUACUUAGAUUUCAUCAUCGUCAUCAUCAUUGAAACCAAUUUUAGCCGAGUGAACUCUAAUUGAAGAAAGAAGAAAUUUUUCUGUGAAGAUAAUUCAAUUAACACAAAAAAAAAAAAAUAAACAAAAUGAGUGUCAUAAUAAGACUACAAAAUUUGGCGUGGUCCGCGAAUGCCCUGGACAUCCGUCAAUUUUUCCACGGACUCAGCAUACCUGAAGGUGGUGUACACAUCGUUGGUGGUGAACUUGGAGAUGCUUUCAUAGCAUUUAGUACCGAUGAAGAUGCGCGUCAAGCAAUGUUGAAGGACGGUGGUAAAAUAAAAGAAAUGAAGAUAAAACUACUAUUGAGUUCACGUACCGAAAUGCAAAAGGUGAUUGAAGAGGCGCGACAACAGAGUCUAUCGUUGCAAACAUUUAUGCAAGCGGCACCAGUUCCAGUUGUUCCAACACAAUCAGUUCCAACAAAACAAACAUCGCCAAAUGACAAUCGAAAGGAAAAAGAACAUGAAAAUGAAACCACAUCAUCGUCAUCAACGACAUUAAAUAAAGAUCGUAAGGAAAGAAAUCGUUCACGUUCACGUGAUCAUUCACGAUCAAGAGAAAGAGAUCGCGGCGGUGGUCGUAACAAUGAUAGAAGCGAUCGUCGUGAUCGUGAUCGUGAUCGCGAUAGAGGACGCGAUCGUGGUGGUCGACGAUGGGAAAGAAGUAGAUCACGUGAUCGUGAUCGCGAUCGUCGUGAUAGACGUCGUCGUCGUGAUCGUUCCAAAUCACGUGAUCGUACACGUUCAAAAGAUCGUGAUAUAAAACGAAGAAGCGAUGGACGUAAAGAUAUAAAUGACGAUGAGAAUACAAAUGAUAUUGUUUGCGUUGGUCAAUUUGCAAAAGAAAAAUCAAAUGUAAAUAAAAAAUCAACAUUACCUGAAAAUGGAGUCUGGGAAGUACCGCCACGUACACAGCAAAUUGGUGUAAUAGCACCAAAUAUUCUUGGCGCUGGUAUUGCCGCUCUACCAUCACAAGACGAUCGUCCAUCACCAUUUGGAAAUCAAGUUCUUAAUCAACAAUUCUCACUCAAUGGAUUAAAUGGCGUUGGUAGUCUCAUGUCGGCGCGUUUACCAAAUUUAGGCAUUAAUCAAUUGUCAAGUUUGGGUAAUAAUUCAUUAACUGGAAAUGGAAAUUCUCUUGGUUCAUUAAAUCGUUCAUCACGCGAACCAUGGGCCGAUAAUACAAGAAUGGAUUCAAUUCGUUUUCCCAAUCGUUCAGGAUUAUUUGGUUCCGAUAAUUUAUUCAAUAAUUCCAAUUUUCGUUCCACUAAUAGACCGACAAAUUCAUUUAUGAAUAAAGUUCAAGAAUUAGAUAGUCGACGAAAUCCCCAUGCUUUUCAAGCGUCUAUUUUUAAAAAUACUUUCGAUAAAUCCAAUGAUCGACAAUUAAAUCGUAAUUCAAAUUCACGUUUUGGACAAAAUGAUAAUUCAUCAUCGACAACUGACAGUGGAAAUUGUGUCGAAGUAAGAAAUAUGCCAUUGAGUGCAACUUACAGUGAUGUACGUCAUGGUUUUUCGGGUCUUUUUAUCAGAAAAGAUGGACUCAAAUUAAUUAAUGAUAAUCAUGGUAAUCGUGUUGGUAUUGCUUAUAUUAAAUUUGUCAAACAAGAAGCAAAAGAGCAGGCUCUUAAAUCACCGAAAUAUGUACGUGGUUCUGAGGUGGAAGUAUUACAUCUUGAAGAAUCGAUAUUUGAUAAGACAUUGGAUUCAUAUCCAUCGUGUGAUAGAGAUAAUAGAUCUGAUUUUUCAUCAUCUGCUGACAAUGAUUUUACAUCGUUGAAAGAGGGAAAAAAUUCAUCGUCAUCAUCAUCGGGAAAUGAUGAGAAUAGCGGUGAAACGGAUAAUACAAAAUUAGUGGAUAAUGUGGCAAAAUCGUCAUAUAUUGUUUUAACUGAAUUGCCAUCCUAUGCCAAAGAAAUGGAUAUUGCAAAUCUUUUUCAAGAUAUUAAAAUAAAUGAUGUUUUUAUUAAAACAAUGGAGAAUUCAGGAAGUACAAAAUAUUUGGGUUAUUUGCAUUUUGAUAAAAUUGAAGAUGCAGAAGCGGCACUUAGUAAGACAUUGAAAAUUGGACCAAAGCAAAUUACAGCUUCGUCAAUAUCGGAAACUCUAUUUGAAAGUGAAAAACGAGAAUACGAAGAGGAAAAUGGAAUACCAUCGGAAUCUGAUUGUAUUAUUAUGCGAGGAUUGCCUUAUCAAUCCAAUGAUCGUGAUAUUUUGGAUUUUUUCUCCGAUAUUGGAAUUGUACCACACAGGAUACACAUGAUGUUAAAUCAAUCGGGAAAACCAGCUGGCGAAUGUUUUUGUGAAUUUGACUCGUCAGAUGAGGCAAUGCGUGCAAUUGGUAAAAAUGGUUUACCAUUGGGUAAAAAUGUUCCCACAAUAAUGUUGGUACCACGAACAAAAAUGUUGGAAACUUUAGGCCUAGGUGACAGUCAAUCGGCACAAAUACCAAUGCCACAUCAUUAUCAAAUGCAACAGCAUCAUCAUCACAAUCAUCAUCAUCAUCCAAUGCACGAUAUGAGGCCACGUUUUCCUGGACCAAUGCAUUAUCCACGUUUUGGUUUUGGUCCAAGGGGACCACCACCUGGAAUGAUGGGUAUACCAAGACAUUUGAUGCCACCUCGACAUCCUGGACAAAUGGAUCAUGUUGAUCAUGUAUUUGGUAAGCCUGGUUGUGUUAUUUCACUUGAAAAUGUUCCAUUUAAAGCGAGUAUCGAUGAGAUUAUUGAAUUUUUUUGCGAUUUUGAAAUUAAACGCGAACAAAUUAUUCGUCGUUAUAAUGAACAGGGAAUGCCAACGGGCGAUGCGCGUAUUUGUUUUCAAUCACCAAUUGAAGCGCAACGCGCAUUAAGAGAAUUAAAAUUAAGUAAAAUGCGCGAUCGUACGAUAUAUAUGAAAAUUGCAUGAGAAAAUCUCUCGGUGGAAGAAAAUGAUGAUAAUGAUAAUAAUGAUAAGAUUCUUCCACAGGUGAAAGAUAAAUAAUGCGGGCAUAAUAAGAAAAAAGACUUUGAAUUUAUUUCUUCUUCAUUGUAUCAGUGUAAACGAAAGAAUGGACCUUGAUUUAUUUUAUUUUUUUCGAACAAAUUGUUCGACUAUUAUUGUGAGAACAAAAACAAAAAUUCUUUUAGAAUUUUAAGAGGAAAAUUUUUUUUUGUCGGUUGUACUAAAUGACUUAUUUAAUUUUCUAUUUAAAAAGUUGUAUAUAAAUAAUUAAGUCUAACUGCAAUCGUAAGGGAAAAAAAAAAUUCUAUUAAUUUCUAAAAAUCGUUGGUUUUUGAAUUAUAAAAUUAAAUUUACUUUCAAAGGUAAUUAUACGAUGUAAUAUUGUAUUCUUAAAGUCAAACUUCCAACGAUAGUGUAAAUAUUUAACGAAUGUGUGAUAUAUUUUUUUUUCUUCUUCUUUUAAUCCACAUUUUUGAUGUUGCUUUAAAUAGUUAUGCACAAGUUUAGUUCGUUUUAUUAUUUUUUUUUUCACUUAGUAUUGGUUUAAUUUUUGUUUAAUUUUAUUUAAAUAUUGAAGCAUUUAUUUAAAACAAUUUAAAAAUUAAAAUGAAGGCACAUCGAAUAAAGUGGAUUGUGAAAAAGAGAAUGAAAAAUAAAAAAAAAAAGAAAGGAUUGAGAAAAAAAGAAAUGAA